AUGGGGAUCGUCACGGGGAAGAAGGCUCUGACGCUGGCGAUCUCGUUGCUCGCCGUCCUGGCGCUGCUGCUCCUGCCGUGCGCCGCCGCACGCCCCGUCCCCGGAACGGCCACCAUUGACGGCAGCCGGAGCCUGCACCUGCCGCUCCGCGGGUCGCUGCUGCGCGGCCCGGAGAGCGUCGCGUUCGACGGCGGCGGCGCCGGCCCCUACAGCGGCGUCUCCGACGGCCGCGUCUUGAAGUGGAACGGGCUGGCGCGCCGCUGGUCCACCUACGCGUACGGCCCGGGCUAUAGCGCCAAGGCCUGCACCGCGUCCAGGACCCGGCCGGCGGAAGUCACGGAGAGCAUGUGCGGCCGCCCGUUGGGCCUGCGCUUCUACUACAAGUCCGGGAACCUCUACAUCGCCGACGCGUACAAAGGGCUGAUGCGUGUCGGGCCGGGCGGCGGCGAGGCGACGGUGCUGGCCACCAUGGUCGAUGGCGUGCCGCUCCGCUUCACCAACGGCGUGGACGUCGACCAGGUCACCGGAGAGGUGUUCUUUACGGACAGUAGCAUGAACUACCAACGCUCGCAGCACGAGAGAGUCACGGCCACCGGAGAUUCAACGGGCCGUCUCAUGAAGUACGACCCGAAGACGAACAAGGUGACUGUGUUGCAAUCCGGCAUCACGUACCCUAACGGCCUCGCCAUUAGUGCCGAUCGGACACACCUUGUCGUAGCGCUUACCGGGCCAUGCAAGUUGAUGAGGUAUUGGAUCAAGGGUCCCAAGGCGGGCACGUCGGAGCCGCUUGCCGAUUUACCAGGCUAUCCUGAUAACGUGAGGGCUGACGUCAAAGGUGGAUUCUGGGUAGCACUACAUCGGGAGAAGAUGGAACUGCCGUUUGGCCCAGACAGUCACCUUCUCGCCGUGAGGAUCAAUGCUGACGGACAGGUGGUCCAGGUGAUGAGAGGACCCAAGAGCGUAAGACCGACCGAGGUGGUGGAAAGGGAAGGCGGCAAGUUGUAUAUGGGCUCGGUGGAAUUACCUUAUGUCGGCGUAGUUAGUGAAUAG